AUGACCGUCGACGUCAAUGAGGCAAAAGCGCCUCACCAGCUCUUUGAUACAGUCCUGGUUCUUGACCAUGGCUCGCAAUACAGCCACCUGAUCUUGAGACGACUUCGUGAUAUGGGCAUUUAUUGCGAAUUAAUAGCCUGCGAUGUUCCCUUUUCCGAGAUUCCCUUUAAGCCCAAGGGAAUCAUCUUGUCUGGUGGCCCUGCUUCUGUCUACGAUGCUGAGGCUCCUCAUGCCGAUCCCGCCUACUUUGAACAGACUGAAAUUCCCCUGCUUGGUAUCUGCUUUGGUAACCAGUCUAUUGCUUGGAGACUCGACCCCGAGAAUGUUAUCCGCAGUGACCACAGAGAGUACGGAUCGGCUGAAAUCAGAAUUCACCGUAUUAAUGAGAGAGUGGACAAGCUCUUCAGUGGCUGCGGGGAUGAAAUGCAAGUGUGGAUGUCUCACAGUGAUAAGCUGAGUCGUCUUCCCAAGGGCUUCGCCACCAUUGCCGAGACUUCCAACUCUCCGUUUGCCGGAAUUGCCAGCUUGGAGCACAACGUUUUCGGCGUCCAAUUUCACCCUGAAGUAAACAACACCCCCCUUGGUGGAAAGGUUCUCCAAAACUUCGCCGUCAACAUCUGUGGCUGCAAGGCAAACUGGACAAUGUCCAACUUUGUCGACCAGGAGAUUGCCAGAGUUCGCAAACUCGUCGGCGAGACCUCACAGGUCAUUGGAGCUGUCAGCGGAGGCGUCGACUCUACUGUGGCUGCCCAACUUCUCAAGACUGCUAUUGGAGAUCGUUUCCACGCCGUCCUCAUUGAUACGGGACUCUUGCGCUUGGAUGAAUCCCAGCAGGUUAAAGAAACUCUCCAGAAGCAUCUCGGUAUUAACUUGACCGUGGUCGAUGCCUCUGAUCGCUUCCUCAAGGCUCUUUCCGGCGUGACAGACCCAGAGCGCAAGCGAAAAAUCAUUGGCAACUUGUUCAUUGACCUCUUUGAGGAGGAGGCCAUCCGAAUUGAAAAGCAGGCCGAAAACACCCCUAAUGAAGGGCCCGUUAGAUUUUUCCUUCAGGGGACUUUGUAUCCCGAUGUCAUCGAGUCGAUUAGUUUCAAGGGCCCGAGCACGACCAUCAAGACCCACCACAAUGUUGGAGGUCUUCCCGCGCGCAUGAUGAACGGAGAGGCAAAAUUGCAGCUCAUUGAGCCGUUGAGAGAAUUGUUCAAAGAUGAAGUCAGAGCUAUGGGAAGACAAUUGGGAAUUCACGAGGAGCUUGUCAUGCGUCAUCCGUUCCCUGGUCCAGGCAUUGCCAUCCGCAUUAUCGGCGAGGUGACUCCUGAGCGUGUUGCCAUUGCCCGCAUGGCCGACAACAUCUUCAUCUCUGAGAUCAGAAAGGCCGGUAUCUAUAACGAGAUGGCCCAAGCCUAUGCAGGUCUUGACACCAACAAAGCCGUUGGAGUCAUGGGAGAUAACCGCUCAUAUGGUUACAUUGUCAUUCUCCGCGCCAUUGUCACCACUGACUUUAUGACUGGAGAACCAUAUGAGUUCAGCUUCUCACUCCUUAAAAAGGUCCUAGCAGUCCCGGAUCCCAGACUCCUCUGGCCGCCUCCUGCCCCCAUGCCAGGCUACACCGUCCAAGAUCUAGAAUGGGAAGUCGAAGUCUUCCCCGGAGAAUUCCACAACUUCACCGGCACCGUACAGGACGUGCAUCGCCAAGCGACCCAACUCAAUCCCCGUUGGGCUGAGACGCUCCUCAAGCGACAACCCACAGAGGCCAGCACCAUACACGCCCGAGGGGGCCACAAGCCCACUGGUGCUUGGAUCCGGACCGAUUGCAAACCCCCAUUUGGCUGGAAGCCCGGCAGGGCUCGCAAAGCGUUUGAAGGAAUGGAUUAUCUGGAGCGGCUGCAUGGCUCACCCGUGAGCGGACCUGGACCUGGUUUGUGCGGCCGCGUGAGCUGCUCUUGGGACACGGCAAUCUGGUGGUGCAAUGAUGCUCGUGUGUCUAAAACGCUCGAAUCAUGGAAGUGGAUAGUGUCUGGCGCUCAACAAAUUAUUAAAAACUGCCGUGAUGGGGACAAGGUGCUGGGCCAGUCUUUCAACUAUGAGCAAUUCAAUGUAAUUAUUCGGGAGGAUAGGGUGAAUUGCUAA